GCACCGCAAGAGCAAGGAAUUCAAGGAAGUUUAACGGACAAAGUAAACUUACUAUCAAAAUCCUUGAGAGAGAAGAGUGAAGUGUCUUAUACAGUUUUCUUCCAUAUAACAUACACUACAAGGCGAGCAACUCUCACAAGAAGCAGCAUAAAGCCGGCCAGCUGAGAUCAAAGGAGACUUCCGUUGCAAUGGAAAUCGAUCAGCAGCAUCAGCCUGACAAAACAGACAGACAACAGUCCAUGUUUCCUCCACCACCACCACCACAGCUAAAUCGCUCCCUGAAACGCCUCCUGACCAUCACCAACUGUCUCCUCCUCUGCCUCGGAAACGCCAGCGGGCCCUUACUCCUGCGCAUCUAUUUCCUCCAUGGCGGCAAACGUCAGUGGCUUUCCGCUUGGCUAGAAACAGCCGGCUGGCCCCUUCUUCUCCUCCCCCUCUCCCUCUCCUUCUUCUACAGGCGUCGCUGCGACCCCUCCGCUCGAACCGUUCUCAUCACCCCUCGCCUCAUCAUCGCUUCUGCCUUCAUCGGCCUCCUCACGGGCGCCGACGAUUACCUCUACGCCUACGGCCUGGAUUUCCUCCCCGUAUCGACGUCAUCUGUUCUCAUCGCCACGCAGCUGGCUUUCACCGCGGUGUUCGCGUUCUUUAUUGUUCGGCAGAGGUUCACGCCAUUUUCGAUUAACGCGGUGGCGUUAUUGACUGUGGGGGCGGCGGGGGCUGGGGGUGCACGCGGGGCCCGGCAGCCGGUGACUUAUACGUUGGUUAUGGAGAUGCAGCUUGUUAUUGGUUUCUUCGCCACCGCAUUCGCAACCGUCGGCAUGAUCAUUAAUAAGGAUUUUCAGGCACUGUCAAGAGAAGCAGCCAAUUUCGGCUUGGGAGAGACGAAGUACUACUUGGUGCUUAUUUUUGCGGCCAUCUUAUGGCAAUGUUUCUUUCUUGGCGCAGUUGGCGUGAUCUCUUGUGUGAACACGCUGCUCGCCGGAAUUCUCAUCGCCGUCUUCAUCCCUGUGGUGGAAGUCUUGGCCGUUAUCUUCCUUCACGAGAACUUUAGCGUUGAGAAAGGCAUGGCUUUGGUUCUCUGUCUCUGGGGAUUGGCUUCUUAUUCUUAUGGAGAGUACCGAGAAGCCAAGGAGAAGAAGGAACGAGCUGUUUCUCAUCAGGUUCAAACUUCAACGGUUUGAUUAAUACGUGCGGUAUAUACAUAUAAAGUUAAAUAUAACUUGCUCUUAAUUUGCACUAUCGUCGAUAUAUCUGGUUAUAGUUUAUUUACUGAGAUUUUGUCUUUGACCAUCUUGAUCAGAUAAAGAGAAAUAUUUUGAUCCUCAAGUUAGAGGAGACUGUACGUAAUGAUAAAGGGAUUGCUUUUUAUGAUAAGAAAUUAUGUGAAGAUAAGUUGAUGCAAA